CUGCGUCGUGCUCCUCGGCCCCCAGCUCCCAUGACACACCUGCGCGGCCAGCCCGCCUGCGUCGUGCUCCUCGGCCUCCAGCUCCCGGGACACACUUGCGCGGUUCACCCGCCUGCGUCGUGCUCUCAGGACACACCUGCGCGGUUCACCCGCCUGUGCGAUUCACCUGCCUGCGUCGUAUUCCUCGGCCCCCAGCUCCCGGGACACACCUGCACGGUUCACCCGCUUGCGUCGUGCUCCUCGGCCUCCAGUUCCCGAGACCACAUCCGUGCGGUUUACCCACCUGCGUCGCGCUCCACGACCACGUAAUCUCUUGAAGACCCCGGCCCUGCCUCGACCUGCUCGACCGAGCACUUAACCCGCGAUCGCCGCCACGCGCGCCACCCCCCCUCGCUCUUUACUGUGAACCUCCACGAUAUCCGCGCCCCUUGCGGCAAACCAACAGACGAUCUCAGAGCUAAAGCCAUGCAUCGGACUUCCAGUACGAGAACCGAUGCAUAGCUUCUUUUCGGGGGGGAAUAUGAUGAGGGUAAUAAACGCGAUAAGACGCGCAUGACGUCAGCCGUCCUAAAUAAACGCCUCACACCCCCAGGUCAACGCGGGCCAAGGCGCCGACCGAGGCACAUAAACGCCUCACGCCCCCAGGUCAACGCAGGCCAGGGCGCCGACCGAGGCACAUUAACGCCCUGCUCAAGCUCAAUUCUUCACGCCACGCCAACACCAAGGUCAUACGCUACCAGCCUGCUCCCUGCAAGCAGGCACAUCAGGGAACAGUAAGCUUCCCUAUAAAUACCCUUACAUUCCGAACUGGAAGGGAGGAAAGAAAGAACUUCUACUUUUGCUCCAUCUAAAAACCCACCCCACAUCCACUCACUCGAUUGUCGGAGGGGUCGGGCCGAGCUUCCGACCCGACCUUUGUGCAGGUACGAAGACGACGACUUUCCGCUAGGCUCCCAGACGAGGAUUCACCUCCCGAAGGAGUCAACGACACCACGAGCGAUCACCCGGACGGACUCGAAGCCCACCUCGGAGAGAUCCCCUCAUCACCCGGGCCCGAACCAAGCCGCGUUGGCCCCGAGGCCACGGCUUAAGGUUGUUUACCCCAACACCUUCCAAAAUGGAAUCAAACUUAGUGUUCUCUUGGAUGGGUUUACUACUUCUGAGCCAUCAGAAGUAUCUAUGUGUAUUCUAUACAUUCCAAUAAAUUUGCCCAAGUUGUUGGAAAGUGAUUGAGAAGCUUCUAAUGAGAGAGAGAGAGAGAGAGAGAGAGAGAGCGUGGGGUUGUCUGUGGGGAAGAGGAAUAAAGCAUAGCUUCUGAUUUACUAGCCCUAAAUCAGAAGCUGCUAUAUCUUUUCUGACUUCCCAUGGUUUACUGAAUCAACUGAUUAAACCCACCACAAGAUUUGGUAGUCAAAGUCUUCCCUCUUACCAGAUUCAAUCAUUCAAUUUCUUUACCGUCUUAUGAUAAUGGUAACAACGUGGAAGCCGCUUAAUUCCCCACAUGGGGGUUAUUCGGGUUCCAUCCACGCAAUUUCCCCAUGUGGGAAUUCGCCGCAAUUUGGACGGUCAAAACAAGAUGACCAGUCUAGGCCUUCCGGAAUCGACGGCUAGGAUGGGGUUCGUUGACGUCGGGGACGACGAUCGUCGAUUCGUCACGUGGGGGAAUCGCACCAAAGGAACGCCAUCGUCGUCACGUGGGCUUUUUCCGCAGAUUAGACUGGUCGUCCAAUUUGACCGCGUGUUUAAAUUGCAACCGCGGCUGCAUAUAAGGGCGGUCCGCCAUUUAAGCCAGCGGGAAUAGUUAGGAGCAGUCGAGGUGGAGAGCAGCGGUAAUGGUAACGGAGCCCUUCGUCCCCUUCCACGAGGAGUACUUACAUGGGGUUGAUAACAGUCUCCUCUGGGCCUUGUCGCCGGAACUGCCCUUCGAUUGUACGGCCGCCUUCCCUGAGCUCAUGCAGGAGAUAGACCCGCCGGUUGCGCCGCCGCCGCCGGCCCAUUGGAGUGCCUUCGGGAGGUAUGCCAGGUCGGAAGGUGCACAAAUGUCGGAGUGCUGCAGCUCAGAAACCAGAAGUGGCGGCGACGGUGGCCGGAACAUCCACCGGCGGGUCAUUGAGAUGUUGAGAAGCAUCCCGAAGGGGGAGGAGCCCAGCGGGGUGGAGACGAGCAGGGGUUUCCGGCAUAUGAUGAGAGAGCGGCAGCGGAGGGAGAAGCUCAGCCAAAGCUAUGCUGAUUUGUACUCCAUGAUUGCCUCCAGAUCAAAGGGUGACAAGAACUCAAUCAUUCAGUCAGCCGCUCAGUAUGUGCGAGAACUACAAGGGGUGCAGAAGGCGCUUCAGAAGCGCAAUGAGGAGCUCAAAGCAGAGAUACUAAGGAACAAUGCAACUGAUGGGGCCAAGAUUAAGAUCAGUGUGACCAAUCCAUCAUCUUCCAUCGACUCCAUGAUUGCGGCACUGCGGUGCUUAAAGAGUUUGGAUGUCAAGGCGAAAGCCAUUCGAUCUGAUCUCUCCAGCACCGAGUUUUCUGCCACUAUGAGCAUCGAUACCAAGAUGGCGACAGCUGAUGUUGAGAGAGUUGUACAGGGAGCUCUAAUGGAAGUCGAGAAGAAGCUUCAUCGCCAGCUUCCAGGAAUCAACACACGCUCACAGCAAUGUCAUGUGGAAAAUAUGAUCUGAACGUUUCCCAUACUUGGCUUGUUUGCCAUAUUUUUAUUCUUUCUUUCUGCAGGCGACCUCCAAUAACAUUCCAACUCUGUGUUGUUUUGUUUUGACUUUUCCUUCGAAGGUAGACAGUCGACCGGAGUUGUGGGUCCAUCCUCUGAAGCUGCACAGACCAAACAUGCUUCCAUUGAAAUGGAGUUGCAAGUUGGAUUUCCUUUC